CUGUUGUUCCACAGCAGCCACUCCUACUCGUGCCCGAUCUGUGUCCUUUAUGUUCCGCAUGCAAACCCACGUCCUACAGUUGGUAAACAGAAAGUCUUUUUCAUUUUCUCUCUUAAAUCAGAUCCGUGUAAUCCUCAUCUGUCGCUGUCACCAGGGAGGAGUGUCAUGGCAGAACCGGACUACCUAGAGGGAGACUGCGAUGAGCUCAUCAAACCCAAAAAACUAAUCAACCCGGUCAAAAGCUCCCGGAACCACCAGGACCUGCAUCGAGAGCUGCUCAUGAACCAGAAGAGGGGCCUGGCACCUCAGAACAAACCCGAGCUGCAGAAGGUUCUUGAGAAGAGAAAGAGGGAACAAAUUAUCAAGGCUCAGAAAGAGGAGCAGGAGGCCCACAAGAAGAGGAGUGAUCUGGAAAUAGAGCUCAUGAAAAGGCAACAGAAACUUGAACAGCUGGAACUGGAGCAGCAGAAAAAUGAGGAGGAGCAGGAGAACACCCCAGAGUUUGUGAAGAUGAAAAGCAAUCUGCGCAGGACCAAGCAGGAAACGGACGGAGAGGAACGAACCACUUAAACGGCAGCAGGGGUGCCCGGGUCUGUCCGACCGAGAUGCUGCGUGUUGUGUCUGUGGUACACGCUGGUGACCUGACAAAGAUCAACCUCCUGGUUUUCCCAAUCUAGCCGUUCCUUCCUGCAGUGAGGAGAGAGACUUUAGAAACUAAAGACCCCCCCCACUCUGUCUGCAAUGGACCGCCAGCACUCGCACCCAUCCGGCAGCACAUUGCACCCCCACAGGAGGGAUUUCAAAUGGACAUGUUACACACUUUUCAACACACCUGGGUGAGCUUCCUAUGAGCUCUAAAGGAGAGACAACAAAACACACACAGACAUGCACGCACACACACACACAAGUUUGAACCCCCUUCCGUUGUCAUCCUUUCUGCACAGUGAGCUAUCAUUUCUACUCAUCGGUGUUGUCAUUGUUGUUUUUGUUCUCGUCUUCUGAAUCGAAAAAUGAAAAAGUGGACACUGGAUGGACUCUUGAAGCUGUGUAAUAUAAAAGCCAAACAAAUGUGCUUAUGUUAUUUAUGUUUGUAGCUUUUAGUCCAGUUGUAGGAAAGGACACUUUUAGUCAUCCAUUAUUUUACUUUGUUUUACAACAGUAUAUGAAGCCAGAGCAGGACAAAGGGAGUUUGUGCUUGUUUGAAGCACUCAAGUUCGCUUCAUUAUUUUUUUUAAUUCAGAUCAUGCCAUUUCUUCAGCUAAUGACAUUCUGAGCAAUAGUAGAACUCCCAGGCUUGAGAGUGACUUUUUCUUUAUAUAUUCUGUUGUUUUGUAUGAAAAUAUGUUACUUAAUAAAAGAUUUAAGUUUUGGGGGGGGUUGUUUUGUUUGUUUGUUUUUCACCGAUGGUGAGGAAAAAUUCAUUUGUGCGCUUACUUUCCUUUAUGAACAAUUUGGCAGCGGCAAAGAUGUGAAUUAAAACAUGCAGGCUGACCUCUAAAACGACCCAGAUGAGUGCUGUGGAACUGUAUCACUUUAGUGUUUUGGUUUAAUUUGCAAUGAAGUAUUAGAUAUAGUUUAAGUAAGUUUGUUAAUCUAAGUUAAAAGGCCCACAACUGUAAUAAAUGAAAAGUGUGCAUAUUGUAAAUCUGUAAAGAUGAAAUAAGGGCUCACUGUAAGAAACUUGAAGCUCUGGAUGGAGACCAUAUUUGGUGGCUAUUCAAAUGUCACACAAAAAUAAAAUGCCUCUACAAUUCUUGUUACGGAUUGCCAAAAGAUUUUUUUUUUUUACAGGAAGCAGAUUUCUAAUAUAUUAAAAGUAUAUUGCUCUCCAUGAUUGUCCUUUUAAAGUGAUACUUUGAAUACAAGACUUCCAUUAAUUUUCUGUUAAUUGUGUUUUGAUGUUAGUUUGUAAAUUUGUUGUCCAACUAACAGCAGAACUUAAAAUCAAAAUAAAAUGCAAAAAUAAGACGUGC